GCAAGCACUGUCUGCGACACUACCCUUGGCGCCGCCACCACGUUUACAGCACUGCAACACCACCUACUCACCUGAGUGCCCCACCCCCACUUGACCCUCUGGCACGGCAAGCCGCGACACCGCGCUACAGUUGAGCAUAGAACGCAAGUGGCACCGGACCGAACUCUGACUGCCUCUGACACGCUGCUGCUGCUGCUGCUACUACUACCAAUACAAACAAACUCUUUACUCAAUACCUUCUACUAUUUACUACAACUAGAUCGAACGUUUUUGUCGGUGUUCUUUGUGUUCGGUGACGGUAACAAGUGCAUGUGCUUUACAUUCAGACAGCGGCACUGUUAACCAUCAUAAGGACUUCUUAGCGUGAAUCGUGGAGACCACUUUUAUCACCACGAAGAGAGGCCGGCAUCCUCUGGGAGACAACCCGUCCCCUACGCCUGCCGCGACUCCUCCUCAGUUUAAGAGAGCCCGUCACAACUCCGGCUCUAGUAGCCCCCUUGUCGCAUCUGAUCUGGAUAUGGAAGCACCUCUUGGAGUUGCACUCAGCCAAAGCAUGGACUCUGUCAACACAAACAACGGAGAGGAAGAGGUGCGAACGCUGUUUGUUAGUGGACUGCCUAUGGACGCCAAGCCUCGGGAACUAUAUUUAUUAUUUAGAGCUUAUGAGGGUUAUGAGGGAUCACUUCUAAAAGUCACAAGCAAGAACGGAAAGACAGCAUCGCCCGUGGGGUUCGUUACUUUUAAUACGAGGGCAGGAGCCGAGGCCGCCAAGCAGGACUUGCAGCAGGGUGUAAGGUUUGACCCCGACAUGCCUCAGACGAUCCGACUGGAAUUUGCUAAAAGUAACACGAAGGUUAGCAAGCCCAAACAGCAAGCUGCUAACGCCGCCAACACGCACCCAACUUUGAUGCACCCCCUCACAGGACGAUAUUUUACAGAUUUGGGGACGCCGUUCUUCCCGGGCGGGCCCGAAUUAUGGCAUCAUCCGUUGGCGUACUCGGCUGCCGCCGCCGAACUGCCUGGAGCGGCCCUGCAGCACGCCACCCUCGUCCAUCCGGCUCUGCAUCCUCAGGUUCCCGUACGUUCCUAUCUUUGACUAUCUACAGACAAAUCUAUGGACUCUCAUCUGCAACAAGCAGGCCCCACAGUCCAUCAUCACCCACAACAUAUGUCAAUGCCGCAUCCCACUGCUCUUACUUCAGUACAUGCUGCAUCUUUACCACAUUUUCUACCGAGUCCUGCCUUGGCUUCUCCCGUAGGGUCAUCAUCGUCUCAGCCAGGAAUGGGAGUAAGCAACCCACCAUGUUCCACAUUGUUUGUGGCUAAUCUGGGUCAAUUUGUGUCCGAGCACGAGCUGAAGGAGAUCUUUGCCAGCUUCCCUGGCUUCUGUCGCCUGCGCAUGCACAACAAGGGUGGUUCCCCGGUGGUCUUCAUGGAGUACCAGGAUGUGCGUUGCGCCUCACAAGUUAUGGCUUCACUGCAAGGUUCCUUCCUACUGUCGUCCGAUCGCGGCCCAAUUCGUAUAGAAUACGCCAAAAGCAAAAUGGCUGCUGAGGUCGGUCUUAACCUAAUACCUACUUGCCUAUGGCUUAGAAUGAUAACUAAUACGUUACUUAUUCCUUUUUAUAAGUAGUAGUACUUACAAGUAGUAAUUAAUGUAAAUGAGAAAAACCGUUUUUAUUAAACUAUUGGAUAUUAACAUACAAAAUGUCUAGAG